CGGUAAGCCAUGUCAUUCAGCCAGCCCACAAGGCCCCGGCGUGUCGUCUGGUAGGGACGCGUGUCGACGUCCCAUUGGAGAGAGGUCGCCUUCUUAUACCGCCCGUGGUGAGAGCUGGGAACAGAAAGCUGAAAGUGAGAAGAAGCAUCCCCCCUCGAUUCGAAAAGGGAAACCAGCAGCGGCGCCGAGGUUUAUCCGCUCCGCCUCGCAAGCAGCGGCUGAUCCACGAGCAAGGGGUCUAGGCUCCCUCGAUUCUCCAGCCAUGAAGUGCCGCUCCGAUUCGUCGGGCAGGGACGAAGACCACCGGACACCGGCCGCCGCUGCCACGGGGGGUGGUGGCUCGGGCGAGCCGAGUAAGAAGCAGCGGACGGAGGAGCCGUCCUCCAGCUCCAGCGGGGCGGGGGAGUGCUCGUCCUCGUCCGCGUCGGCGCAGGCUCCACCGCCGCCGGCGCAGCGGGAGCAGUCGGCGCCGGAUGCAAGAGAGGGCGAGCAGCUGCCGCCAGGCGCUGAUGCAGGAGAAGGGGGCGAGGAAGCAAGGGUGCCGGAUCUCGGGGAAGACCUGGUGUUCGAGGUGCUGAUGCGAGCGGAGGCGCGGACGCUGGCGACCGCGGGAUGCGUCAGCCGGGGCUGGCGGCAGCUCGCGCGGGACGAGCGGCUGUGGGAGGCGGCGUGCGUGCGGGAGUGGGCAAACCUUGGGUUCUCCGAGCAGAUGCUUCGCAUGGUUGUGCUCUCGUUCGGCGGCUUUCGCCGCCUGUACGAGCUCUACAUCCGUCCGGUCCAUCGCCGUGCUGCAGGCGCACCACCUGGGCGACGGAGGGGGCAGGUGCCGGUGAGGCUGGGCCGCGAUCAGGUCCAAGUCUCACUGUCCCUGCUCUCGACCUCGUUCUUUCUGAAGAUGCCUAAUGGUCCUCCUCCUAAGAAGGACAAGGAUAACGAUAGAGAUAGGAAUGGAGGUGGUCAGUGUGGGUAAUGAAGUUUGUGAAAAAUAGUGAGCCUACUUCUGAAGCAGCAUCACUACAAGCUGCUUAUGCAAUAUCAGUUGACCAGAUCAUGGAUCUUUACUACAUUUGUGGCAGUUAGAUUGUGAUAAUAUCCCUUGAUUGGUGGAUAAAAAAGACUAUGUAGAUAGGUGUGUAUGUACUGAUGUGGAGGCAGAUAAGCUGCAUGAGAUGGGAUCGAAAGGGGUUUGCAGUAGUCCUUUGAUAUCUACCUAGUCUAUGUGAUGUACCUGCAAAAUUACACAAGAUCAGCUAAUGUGUAAAGUUUCCUUGAAAUAUGUAUGCCACGAUCGCAGCAGACAUCUUUGUGCUUUUGUGUCA